AUGGACGUGUUAACAGAAUCUGAUUCUGCUGUCAUUUUGGAGCUAUCAGACCGACUCGGAGAGAUAUUGCCCUCAUCCAAAAAUCUCAUUUUCACUAUCCACAACACCCAUGCAUCCAACCAGCGAUAUGACAGACGGGACAUGUCUACGAGGUCACCCCCAGCUCAACAUAUGUUCGAUCCUGCUCCCCCUCCGACUGAGCUAGGUACCAUAACGAAUUUCUCCCCGAUCUCAGGGCCACUGGUGCUAGCGUUCAUGCUCAGCUAUAUGUUCUAUGGUGUCUCUAUCGUUCAGAUCUUUUUCUAUCAUGUCCACUAUCCGAAGGACACGUUUCAAGUGAAGGUCCUUGCUUGGUUCGUCUUUAUUUUAGAAACUGCCACGACGGUCAUCACUGGUGUCCUUGCCUGGUCUAUGUUCGGCAGUGGCUUCGAUAAUCCAUUGAGCUUUAGGGAAAUUGAUCCUGUCAUGGCAACUUUUCCAUUUAUCAACGGAAUACUCGCGUCUAUCGUUCAAAAUCUCCUUUCGUGGCGGAUCCAUAAGCUUACCUCCGUGAUAUGGCUGCCCGCUAUCAUAUCCUGCACAUCCCUAGCUGGAUGUUUCUUUUCCUUUUUCUACGGCAUCAGAAUCUGCCAGAUAGGCCUGCACUUUGACUCGCCAAUUAAGGUGUCCAAGUACGUCGAUGCCUGGAUAGCAUGUUCUGCGACGAGCGAUAUAUUUGCUACUACAGCUUUGGUUACAAUUCUACUUAGAUCCGCCUCCAAGAGUGGUUUCAAAACCUCAAACAAGAUAAUAGUAGCACUCGUCAAGUUCACUAUAGAGACUGGGCUCAUCACCGCAACAUGGGCUGUCAUUCAACUCAUUCUAUGGACUACUCAACUCGCGGCAAUUAGCUUCCUUGGCAUCGCACGCUUAUAUUCCAAUUGGCUUCUCGUCACCCUUAACUCCCGCCACUAUAUUGCCUCCUCCGGCCAAGUGAUCACAUCUGGCCACACCUUCCUGCGCCCCGGACCCCUUCGCCGUACAGACCUUGCCAGAAUUGAUGUUGCUGACGGGCGGUCCAUCGUCCAUCAUUUGGGUACUGGAGUGCAUGUGUCAACAACAACGGAAGUCAAGGAAGAUCGCGAAAUGGACAUCACAUCUAUAUUGCCUCCCUCUGAGAUGACCGAUGCUAGCAUUUAG